CGAAAUAUUCAAUAAUCUGUGAGCAGUUUGCACAGGAGUACGAGCCUGUGUGCUGCAUUAGACCGCAGUGACAGCCAUGAGCUUCUUCGGUUUCGGGCAAAGUGCGGACAUCGAUAUAGUUCUUAAUGACGCCGAAACGAGAAAGAAAGCUGAGCACAAAACCGAAGACGGCAGGAAGGACAAAUAUUUUCUCUUCUACGAUGGGGAAACCGUGUCGGGGAAAGUCAACGUGACGCUGAAGUACCCGGGGAAGAGGCUCGAGCACAACGGAAUCAAGAUUGAGUUUGUCGGCCAGAUAGAGCUGUACUAUGACCGAGGGAACCACCAUGAGUUUGUGUCUCUGGUGAAAGACUUGGCCCGGCCCGGGGAGCUCACUCAGUCCCAGGCGUUUGACUUUGAGUUCACACAUGUGGAGAAACCCUACGAGUCUUACACUGGUCAGAACGUCAAGUUACGUUACUUUCUGAGGGCCACAGUAAGCCGGAGGCUGAAUGACAUCAGCAAAGAGCUAGACCUUGUGGUGCACACACUCAGCUCAUACCCUGAGCUCAACUCCUCCAUCAAGAUGGAAGUGGGGAUCGAGGACUGUCUACACAUAGAGUUUGAGUACAAUAAAUCCAAGUAUCACCUUAAAGACGUGAUUGUGGGGAAGAUUUACUUUCUGCUGGUGAGGAUUAAGAUCAAACAUAUGGAGAUUGACAUCAUCAAGCGGGAGACAACCGGCACAGGGCCAAACGUGUACCACGAGAACGACACCAUAGCAAAGUAUGAGAUCAUGGACGGUGCUCCAGUCAGAGGGGAGUCCAUCCCCAUCAGGCUGUUUCUAGCAGGCUAUGAGAUGACGCCGAGCAUGAGGGACAUCAACAAGAAGUACUCGGUGCGGUACUACCUCAACCUAGUCCUCAUCGAUGAAGAGGAAAGACGCUACUUCAAACAGCAGGAGAUCACCCUGUGGAGGAAAGGCGACAUCGUGAGGAAGAGUAUGUCUCACCAAGCGAUCAUGGCUUCGCAGCGCUUCGAAAGUUCCUCCCAUCCAGAGACGACCCCGACUCAGAGCCAAGAAGAGGACAGUUAAAGCCCAGCAUGCACCUCACCCUCCUUUAGUGAGUGUCUGAGCAAACAGUGCAGAAAUUGCCAGCAGUUUCUGAAUGUAAAUAUCUUUGGUUUGCAUUGAGAUUGCUGCAGUGUUUUCAGAAUGCGUGUGUGAGAGAGGCUUUAAAUAUAGCUGUUUGUUUCAAGGGAGCAAACAGUCUGACUCAGAAAGCAGUUGCGAGUAAUUUGGUUUGUUUUAACCACCUUGAAGUGGAUAGAUGAAGAAACUGCACAAAAUUGACUUUGAAGUGCUUAAUUAAAAUGUAAUGGCGUUUAUUGUACAGUCCAGUGAGGCAAACGCACCCUGUACAUGCAGAAAAUAUGAUUUGCAAAUUCAGUUAAAUCAAUAUCUUGAAUUCACAUGUGUAUGAAUGUAUGACCUUUCCCUCCAACCUCUCACUCUGCUGGAAGAUAGCGCUGAGCAGAAACUGUAGUAAGACAGGGGAACUCUUUAAAGUGGGUACACAGUACGCUCCUGUGACAUUCCGAAAUUAAUUUCUGAUUAUGUUGCUGCCUGAGAAGAAUCCCCUAUCAUUUGUUUUUAUUCUAGAAAAUGACCCUGAUCACAGAAAAAAAAGUAUAUAUAAAAGUGUUUUAAGAUGCUGAAAGUGAAAUGAAAUCCAUUCACGUGUUUGUAUAGGACGAUGCUCAAAUAUUUUCAUACAUUCCAAGGAGUAUCUAUUUUUUAAGAAAGAAAAUCAUUUUAUUUUGGACAGCGUUUUUAUGUUGAUCUUGCUGUCUCGUAUCAUUAUCGUCUUCUCUUUUGCAACCCUGCUUUCUUAUUUGCACUAUAAAUUCAUUCAGCUUUUUUCCAUAAACUGGGCUUCACAUCACUUGAAAUCAAAUAUGGAAGGGUUUGCUCCUGUGUUUCUGUCUCUUAGUUAGCUGGGUGCCUAAGGUUCUAUUGCCUAAAUGUGUGCUGCUUUAUUGCCCUUUCCCCUUUUCAAACUGCUCGUCAUUUUAAUUCCUACAGUCACUUAUGACAUGGGCUUAGUGCCAAGAAUCUUUAAAAAAUAAUGCUAAUAUGAAAACAUGAAAUGAAACUAUGUUGAGCAUAACAAAAUCAGCAACAUAAACUCUGUAUCAUUUCUAAAGUAAAGCAGGUUUAUGUGUUGCUUCUGGUCAGAGAGAGUCAAUACUUGAGUCCCUGUGACAUCAUUCUUUUUCAUUUGUUUACUGUUCCUUAAAAAUAUUUGGUUGAUUCUGAAAACGAUGUACAAAAUGUGACAUGCUGUGCAACUUGGCAAAAUCAUCGCUUUGUUUCAUAUCAAAGUUUUACACAAUUGUAUAUUUCACUCAGUUUUUAGCUUGUUGUUGCUAAACGUCUCCGUACAGGUAAACAAAAUGUUUUGGGUCAUCAAUAAUAUUUCGGAGCCUAUCUUUCCCUCGCCAAAAAAGUAAUACUUUUCCCCGCUUGUUUCUAAACUCAAUCCUGAUCUCCAGCGGAUUUUGAUUGCGGCUCAAAGGUUUUUAAACUGGAGUCACAUUUAAAGUUGAAGCAGCUUUGAUGGUUGCCUAAUUCAUGGUCAACAAAUCAAAUAGAGCUUUCUGUUUGCUGCUCUUUAUUUUUGACCGAUGAGGAACAAACAGUUGGUACAUUGGAUGUUUCUGGUGAAUAAACACAAGAGGAAUGUCAAAUUGCAGCAAAAAUCCCAUAAAUUUCACAUGUAUUUAGGGAUGUUAGGUUAAAUCCCUAUAUAAAUAAAGAUCUACUGUUUCUCUUCUAUACUGAAUAUAUUCUGCAUUAUUUCCCUAACCCUUCAUCCUUUAUUCUGGCUGUUACCUGCAGUCCUACAAUAACACUUCACUGAAAUAUGUUUACAAUUAAAAAAACAAAACGUGUUGUUUGUUGAUUUGAAUUGUUGGCGUACUGGUACAGUGACACAGUAGCUCAACUAACCCAGUUUGUAAUGGAGAGUAAAUUUGAGAUAUAAAUAGCAAACAUUUAUCAAAUGUAAAGUAUCAAUGCACAAUGUAAAUGCAAUUUUCCUCUUUGUUGAUUUGAUGAUUUUAUAUUCCUGUUUUACUUUAAAUUAAAAGGGAGUAACUGCA